AUGCAGUUGCAGUUGCAGCUGUCCGGGUGGCCGGCGUCAACAGAAUUGGAGCGGCGAAGGGAGGUCGUUGACAAUCUCGUCCCAUACCUCAGCGUCAUUCUUUGCCUGUCCCAGGUUUCGCGGCAGUCAUGGGCCAUCAAGCUCAUGUGGGGAGGCAGUUUGAUGGCCGCCACAACAAGCAAUACGUCCAGUUUCUCUUUAUGUACGCCUGAGUAUUGCUUCCCUGUUCUGAGCUGCUGCACCUCCCAACGUCAGACACCAGUCUUCCGGCUUCUGAUCUCCCCUCCCUGCUAUCUGAGCUCCCCUCGCCUUGGCUGA